AACUUUAUUAAUUAUUUAUCACAUUUCUGAGGGGCACAUUGAUUAGGACGUUACGUCAUCGCGGUCCGUCCGCCGACCACUAUUGAACUCUUCUCUACUCUACUCACUGACUACUGACUAGUCCUCUCGUCACUCGUCAGUCAUUCACCCGCUUCCAUCGCUCUACACUUUAUCGGACGGAUUUGACUCUUCACAGUAUUUUGGUCCCUCGUCCGAUUUUUGAUUUCCUGUAAUAACUAAUAAAAACAAUUAAAUAACAGCGCGCCCACACCCACUGAACAUAAUAAUAAUAUGAUCAUAUGAUCGUCUCGAGUGUACAAAAUCUGUGGAAAUUGUGCGGCAGAGUACGUCGCUUAUCGACCACAGGUCCGAUUCGUAUGGCAGAUUCAAACGUUGCACAGUUGAGGGUCUCGUACAGAGACAAGGGCGAUGUCUUGCUCGAAGAUAAUUUGGAAUCGAAAAAUCCACAUCAGCUGUUUUCUAUAUGGUUCAAAAAAGCUUCGGAACGCGACGACGUGAGACAGCCCAACGCUGCUUGUUUGGCUACGGCUACUAAGUCUGGUAUUCCGUCGGCUAGAUUUGUUUUACUUAAAGCUUUCGGCGAAUCGGGUUACACGUUUUUUACAAACUCAGAGAGCCGCAAGGGCCGAGAAAUCGAAGAAAACCCGGUAGCAGCCAUGACGAUAUAUUGGGACGCGUUAGACCGAUCGGUACGGAUCGAAGGGGCUGUGGAGAAAAUCGAUGAAACUGAGUCCACUGAAUAUUUCGAUACGAGACCGAAAAGCAGCCAAAUCGGUGCUCAUGUGAGUCGGCAGAGCACAGUAAUAAGCAGCAGAGAGUCACUCUCCAAACAAAAUGAAAAGCUUGAAGUUGAGUUCUCCGAAAAACGAGUGCCCAGACCGUCUUAUUGGAACGGCUACAAAAUAAUUCCCAAAACGAUGGAGUUUUGGCAAGGGCAGAGUGACAGGCUGCACGAUCGCAUCGUCUUCGAAAGGGCUGAGCACGCGGCAGAAAAGCAAAUCGCCAGUCACGCCGGCGAAAAUGGUUGGGUAUUUUACCGUCUCUCGCCGUAACGUUGCGUCGUAUAUACAUAUUAUACCAUCUAUACCUAUAUAUCGUGUGUCGACAUAAAUGUAUUAUAAUAAUAAGAACACAAACUUCCAAUAAAUUGUGGUUUUUUUUUCGUAUUAAAUAGUGAUGUACUGUGAUGUACCUAUAGCUAGUAUAAUAAAUUGAUUAAUAUUAAAUAAUAAUAAUAAUGAAAAAAAUCAAACUACAAAAUAUAUCUACAAAAUACAUUUCCAAUUUUUCCGAAUGUUUAUCCUUGAGAUUUAAUUAUUACCAUCGCAAAAUAUGCAAGUUUUAUGCAAGGAAAUUGAGCUUUUUGAAAAGUAAACGGUAAAAUAGUACCGGAAAAUGUCAAAUUUAUAAGCGGAAUCAAAAAUUCCCUUGUGGCAUGCGGUUCCAGUUAAAACUUUGCAGUCAAUAGCAUUACGAUUGAUAUCACAAUAUAUAAUUAGCUUCCAUCCCGUUGACCCCUUUAUAUAAACUGCUUCCGUUCCACUAUGAUAAUAAUAUUAUUUCUCACUCCGAUUGCCACCACCUGCCUUUUCCUUGCUUGACAUUAUACGCGGUUCGUUGGAUUGCCUACCCAACUGAUUCAGGAACAUCGUAGAAGAGGAACAUUAGAUUGCUUAUUCAAUACAAAUCUGGGCGUCGCGACGCGUCGUUCGAAAUUAAUACAUCGAAUCGAACUUGAUUUGUCCUUCCAAUCAAUUAAGAAUUUGUUCUCUAAUGAUAUAUUUUUUUAAAUUGUUAAUAUUUCAACAAAUAAAAUAAAACAUGACAAAUGAA